AGCUUGCAGUGAGCCGAGAUCGCGCCACUGCACUCCAGCCUGGACGACAGAGCGAGACUCUGUCUCAAAAAAAAAAAAAAAAAAAAAAGUUCAGGUUUCUCAUGUGUUGGAGCACGGAGCCCUUGACCAGUGAAGAGGUAAGGCCAGGGCUGAGCCUAAGUCACAGGCGGAAAAAAGACGCAGAAACAUUGGAAUAACGCUCCACACGCACUGCUUGAUUCUUCGCUGGAAACCCUGUUAUCUCCGAACUGUUGGUGUUAUUCUGAGUUACAGCACCAGCUCUUUUAUAAAGAGGGAGACCCGGUCCUUCUUUAACAGCAGAUUCGUCAAAAUACGUCCAAGGCAAGGAAACCUAGAAAGGCGUCUGGGCAGGGGAAAGUCGAUGCGAAGGCGGGCCAGGGACCUUUCGUCGCGUCCCCACCUUGGCAUUUCCUGUGGCGUGAGCGGCCCCGGCAUCCGUGUCGAAAGUGCGGCGGCGGAACAGGCGCGCAGGAGAGGAGCGGCGCAGGCGCAGACGCGCGGGCGGGAAGAUGGCGGCUGGGUUCAAAACCGUGGAACCUCUGGAGUAUUACAGGAGAUUUCUGAAAGAGAACUGCCGUCCUGAUGGAAGAGAACUUGGUGAAUUCAGAACCACAACUGUCAACAUCGGUUCAAUUAGUACCGCAGAUGGUUCUGCUUUAGUGAAGUUGGGAAAUACUACAGUAAUCUGUGGAGUUAAAGCAGAAUUUGCAGCACCACCAACAGAUGCCCCUGAUAAAGGAUACGUUGUUCCUAAUGUGGAUCUACCACCCCUGUGUUCAUCGAGAUUCCGGUCUGGACCUCCUGGAGAAGAGGCCCAAGUGGCUAGCCAGUUCAUUGCAGAUGUCAUUGAAAAUUCACAGAUAAUUCAGAAAGAGGACUUAUGCAUUUCUCCAGGAAAGCUUGUCUGGGUUCUAUACUGUGAUCUCAUUUGCCUCGACUACGAUGGAAACAUUUUGGAUGCCUGCACAUUUGCUUUGUUAGCGGCUUUAAAAAAUGUACAGUUGCCUGAAGUUACUAUAAAUGAAGAAACUGCUUUAGCAGAAGUUAAUUUAAAGAAGAAAAGUUAUUUGAAUAUUAGAACUCAUCCAGUUGCAACUUCCUUUGCUGUGUUUGAUGACACUUUGCUUAUAGUUGACCCUACUGGAGAGGAGGAACAUCUGGCAACGGGAACCUUAACAAUAGUAAUGGAUGAGGAAGGCAAACUGUGUUGUCUUCACAAACCAGGUGGAAGUGGGCUAACUGGAGCUAAACUUCAGGACUGUAUGAGCCGAGCAGUUACAAGACACAAAGAAGUUAAAAAACUGAUGGAUGAAGUAAUUAAGAGUAUGAAACCCAAAUAAACAGCCACCACAUUUUCAAAACAGAUUUGUAAAAAUUGUAUUUGUUAACACUGUGCACAAACGUUUUAUACUAAAUAAAUAUCAAACUACAUUCUUCUGAAA